AUGGCGGAUAAAUACAUGCUCAGAGUGACUGCUGGGUCAGACUAUGACGAGGCGAAUCAAAAGCUGGUCCACGUCAACACCGAGCAAUCACUCAACAUCUCGAACUCCAAACUGGACGCCUCUCUCACCGUCCGUAUCCAGAACUACCGAGGCGAACCUGUCAACUCUCCUUCAUCAUGCGCCUACUUCGAAGCCGACCCGCACAAAUCGGACCUCUACAGCAUUUCCUUUUCCUUCACUCCCAAGAAGAACAUCAAUGGCCAUGAUUUGGUCUUCGGAAACGACUUUGAUCACCCAAUCAAGGACAAGCUGCCACCAGGCUUUGGACAAGCAAUGAAGAUUGCCCAGUGGUUCAUCGAUCCUGGCCUCUACGGCGAUGCAUACGCAGACGAGCCAUACUUGUACGGACCCUUCCUUAGCUCAAUCAACACUUUGAGGGUCGGCGAGAAGAAAGAGCCCGCUGAGGUAAAGGGAAGUCAGGACAAGCCAGCCGUAGUAUCCGAAGGCGCCGAUGGUGACGGUAUCGAGGCGAGAAAGCAGGCUGGUUUGCCUGAUGAGGCCAGCGCUCGCAAAAAAUAUUUUCUGAAGGAGCAACACUUGAAAGACUUUACAUUUGAGGAGGGCAGAAACUAUAGUUGCGACUUCUUCAACCCGUACUUGGACUUCAACGACUUUGCACUUAAGUUGCCCGGCUUCAGCUACAUUCCCGGUAUCACGAUUCCUAUCAUUAGCUACUGGGAUGGUCAACCUCUAAGGUCGCACGCACUCAGAUAUGUCCUCAAAGACAGAAGCACAAACGAAGUCCUCUUCGUCAUCAUCUUUACGCUACUGCCCCGCCAUAGCGAGGGCCAGAAGGAGGAAGCCAAGAAGGUAGAGAGCUCUGGCCAGAAGGAUGAAGAUCUGGAUUAG